AUGUCUACGUAUCGAGGAGCGCGUCUGUCCGAUGAUUUAAUCGAACAAUACCGGCAGAGAAGCCUCCAUCAAGAUGGACCGGGUACGAUCUGUGAAUUUCCAGCGUUCACAUCAACGAGUCGAAGUCGAACGAAAGCCGAGCAAUUCUGUAAUGUUCUCUUUAUCAUUGAUAUUCGAGAGCGUCAUGGUCACCAUGUUUGUGUGAGUUACUUUCUAACCGGCAGUGAACAAGACCAUGCAGCAAUUCGAAAUAUGGUUGUGAAUCCAAUUAAAUUGGAUGAUUAUCAAAAGUAUAGCGGUAAUCCUACUUAUGACAACAUUUCCGGAAGUGAUUAUGUCAAAAAAACUAAAUUGCAUCAACUCACGACAUGGGCAACAGAAGUUGAAAUUAUUGCUGCAUCAGGCAUUCUCGGCACGAGCAUCUUCAUUUAUCAGGCCGAUCAGCAUAAAUGGUUGAAAUUUAAAUCACUUAAGUGUCAAUCAACAGCAGGAUCAUAUCCAUAUUUAAGAAGAAAUGCGGCAAAAAAUCAUUUUAAUUUAGUCGUUGAUCUUGGAUGGCUUUUAAAUAGAACGUGCGUCAUUCAAUCAGUAUCUUAA